AUGGGUGAUUUUAAUGAGAUCGUAUCUAAUGAUGAGAAAGAGGGAGGAAUCCCCUGGCAUUGGAAUAGGGUCCGUUACUUGAAGGAUUUUCUGGACCGUAAUGCUCUACUCGAAUUGAAGUUCACUGGCCCUAGAUUCACGUGGGAAAACAAGAGAGAAGAAGCCUCUGAGGUCAUUCGUGAAAGAUUGGACAGGGUGGUGGGGAACGCAAAGUGGUUAUGCUCUUGGCCUGAUUCUUUGGUCUACCAUGAACCAAGAAUCGGCUCGGAUCACUGCCCAUUGGUCGUUUACGCCCAGCCUCGCAUUACCAAGGCCCCGAAGCAAUUCCGGUUUGAGGCGUCUUGGAGUGAUGACCCUGAGUGUGAGGAGGUGAUUAAAGCAAACUGGGACACAGAGAUACGGGGGGAUCCUUCCAUGGGUUGGACCGAUAAUUUGGAUGCGUGUAGAAGAAGCCUGGUGAAAUGGAGCAGAGCGAAGUUUCCAAACAACAAACCUGCUAUAGAAAAGCUCACUCUGGAGCUUAGUAAAGUUCAAGAGGGCCUAAUCUCGGUUGCAUCAAGACACAGGGAAGUUGAGUUGAUCUCAAAGUUACAUGAUACUUGGAGACUGGAAGAGAGUUACUGGAAGCAGAGAGCAAGGAUCAACUGGCUUCUAAACGGAGAUAGAAACACCCGGUUCUUUCACCUCUCCACCUUAUUUUGA